CGAGUGAAGACUUAGGGUUCUUGGGUUUAGGGUUUUGUUGCGAUGAGCGGCAAAUGCGAGGAGUGUGGGCAGAGCGCCGCCAAGUACAAGUGCCCCGGCUGCGGCUUGCGCUCGUGCGGCUUAUCCUGUGUGAAAGCGCACAAGGCUCGAAUCGGCUGCACUGGGAAGCGCGAUCCGACAGCGUUUGUGAAAAUCUCGGAUUUCGAUGACAAUCGGAUCAUGUCGGAUUAUAAUUUUCUCGAGGAGGCUCUGAGAGUGGCUGAUGUUGCGAAGCGAUCGAAAUAUAAGUCUUUUGUGGGAGGCCGCAAGCCGGGCGUGUUGAAGGAGCUGAUCUACCAGGCUCGCUUUCGCAAAACCAAGUUUGUUCACAUGGCAAAUGGAAUGUCGAGAAGGAUAGCUAAUACCACGUACUUCAACAGGAAGCGGAAGUGCAUGUACUGGAGAGUUGAAUGGAUCUUUCAUUCCACCGACAUUCGCCUUGUUGACGAGAAUUUGGACGAGCAUGUCAACCUUGGUACCGUGCUUGAGAAACAUUUAUCGCCCCAGUCGCACAGUCCGACCGCUCGACACCAAUUGCGGGACUUUUUGCAGCAACCAGUAGAUCAGCUGAAGCUUCUCUUCAAGAAAGAGCUCGAUGAUGCCAAAGAAUCGUACUACGAGCUAAACAUCAACGAAUCUCUUCGCCAGCAGCUUUCUUUCAAGACAGUAUUGGAGUUUCCAGAGAUCAGGGUCGUGCUGCCGUCCGAUAUAGACAGGUUUUCCAUUGUAGAAGAAGAGCCGAAGCCCGUCAAGCCUGCUGCUUCCCCUGUUAAAUCAGUGGCGGAAGAGUUGGUCGAGCAAACUGGUAAGACGUUUCGAGAAGAGGAAAUCAAGGACGAAGAGCAGGACAAAGAGCAGGACGAUAUGAAAAUGUAUGAUUUCCUCGGAGAUCUACCAGGACAGGCAGACUUACUAUGGAAAAGUAUGGAGGUCCAGCCGCCAAGUUUGAUGAAUGACGUGGAAGACGGAGAACUCUCGGGCUAGUUUCUGGGACACACAGGCUUUCUUUUCCAAAAGUUUUGUAGAAUUCGCAUUAGAGUUCGAUGAAAGCAAAGAGAACAGAUGAGAUGAA